AUGGCGAAACUUUUGAGUGUUACCGUGUCGUUGCUUCAACUUAUCGUUCUCGCCACGUCAUUACCGUCAGCUACGAGUAACACCGCGACGCACAGACGACGACUCGCCGUGUUCACCGCCUCGCUGAUGGACGAGAGUCCAGGCAGUCGACUGCAGCGAGAGAGCGCGGCCGCGUGGACUUCCUCUACCGACGGCCCCAGCUUCCUGCGCCAGACCGUGCCUGCUGACUCAUCCAACGACGCUGCUGACUCAGCCAACAGUGCAGCUGACACCUCGUCCGCAAGUCCCGCAUCCUUAUCUCGAUCGCCUGAAGCCAAGCAGUCCUCUGCUACUGCUGACCCCAGCGACACAGCCACUUCGCCUGGAAAGAGCACCGCUACCGAGAACAAGCAGUCAGAACCAAAGCCGCCACAGCAGCAGCAGCAGCCACCGCAACAGCCGCCGCAGCAGCCGCCACCACAGCAGGCGGUGCCAUUCGGGCAGGUGCUACCCACGCAGGGCGACCUGGCAUCGCUGCCAGACUGCACACGGCAGCUCGCGGCGUUCCCCAAGCUCAACCGCUCCGAUGAGGCCGUCAGGCGCUUUGCCUGCAUCGCGGACACCUACCUUCGGCCCUGGAUGGGCUCGAGCUUGCUGGGGAAGAAGGGGAAGAGAGGAAAGGAGGAGGUGGAGGAGGAGCCACGUGGCAUCAUUUCACAGGCCAUGCUUCAAUACGUGGCGUCUGAACCCGGGUUCAUGUCCUGUUCAGGGCAUAUCCGCAUCAUUGAUGGGCAGGUGUUCUUCCGCUACGGGGGCUUCCACUACCAGUGGGACCGCCUGCACCGCUUUGUGCAGUCCGUCAAGCUCAUUCAGGCCGCCAUCCGCCACUACUCCCUGCUCGCCCUGCGCGCCGAGCUCUUCCUCUCCACCUGCGACCUCCCCAAGAGCUUCGACAGCUCGCUGAGUGGGAUCUUCGGGGGACGGCCGAUUUUCAGCACGGAGUGGCUACCUGGCACGCUGGAUAUUAUUGUUCCUGACCCGCUUGAUCUAUCUGAGAGCUACCAGGCGGGGAAGGACGCCAAGACCCCCUGGGAGCAGAAGGCGAGCAAGGCAGUGUUCAGGGGCGGGUUCACCAAUUUCAAGCUCGGUCCCGACCACCGCUGGCGAGUCAGCCCGCGCUACCGCCUCCACCGAAUGACGGAUGCGCGCCCAGAUUUGCUGGAUGCUCGAGUCAUGCGCCUACUCGUUGAUGACAAGACCAGGAACAUGGCGAUGGGAGACGGGUUGAGCGAGGCGGCCAAGAUGGAGAAGGCGGAGUCACAGCACUUCAAGUACGAGGUUGUCGUGGAUGGUGGGGCCGGUUCCUGCCGCACCUGUGGCGUACUAGGCAGCGACCAGGCCAUGAUUCGGCAGGACACGCCCUUUGCACAGUUUUACCAGCCGCUGCUGCAGCCGUGGCGGCACUUCAUCCCCACGGACCACUUCUUUGGGGACCUCUUUGACCGUGUGGAGUGGGCGAGACAGCACGAUGCUCAAGUGCGGCAGAUGAUUUCCAACGCGCACCGGGUUGCAAAGUGGGGUUGCUCCCUGGAGGGCCGCACGCUCUACUGGGCCGUCCUCCUCGUCAAGUACGCCGCCCAGGCCCUGGAAGACCCUGCCGCAGUCACCCGCCCGGACCGCGUCUCCACAUGCCCUGCGCCGCCUGCUAAGGACCGCAUGCGGCCGGCAGUGGAGGAGAGUGAUAUUGUGAGGCCGGAGGCGGGGUGGCCGCCGGUGUGUGCGGAUAAGGAGGUGGCGAGGGUGAAACAGCCCCCCUGCACCUUCUUCUGUGUGAAGGGGCCCAUGCCGCGUAACAGGCAGGUCUGGCUCGCUGCGGACCUCUUUGACUCGGUUGACUUUGUGGGCCCACAUGUGGCUGACAUGGACGAGUAG